AUGCUGUCGAAAGACUCGCGCAUGCUGCUUGACAGCAUCACUGGAUUGUUCUGCGACAGUACCUAUUCGGAUGCCACCAUCCAGUGUGGCGAGCGCAAAUGGCGAAUCCACAAAGCAGUGGUGUGCUCUCAGUGUGACUUCUUCAAGGUAGCGUUCGAUGGACGUUUCAAGGAGGGUUCAAAUAACACUAUCACACUGAAGGAGGAUCACCCGAAUGCGGUAGCUGCAAUGCUUCGCUUCCUCUACUCUACCGACUAUGAUGACACCGCUCACAACGACAACGCCGAGAGUGACUGGCACGCUCUCGCGAUGAAUGUUCAUGUGCAUGCUAUUGGCGACAAGUAUGGUCUACCGGCACUGUCGAAACUCGCGCUGUUCAAGUUCGACGUUCUCCUCUCACAGCAUGGUUGUGAUGCACCAGGCUUUCUGCAGGCCAUCAUCGCAAUCUAUUUCGAAGACGAGGAUCGCAAAGAACCACUGCGACGGUCUUUGAUGGCUUGUGUCCUGAGCAGCGGCAAACCCCUGCUCGCUCGCGAGAACUUCCAAAUGGUUGCGAAGGGUGUCCCGGCUUUCGCUGUUGCGCUGGUCUCCGAGGCCUUUCAGCUCGGGUUGGCAAAGGAGCUGCAGCUGAGCAAGUCUCAUUCAACAUAUCGUUGUCCGGCUUGCGGAGUCGCGUUUACAGUGGAGGUUUGCUUGCCUGAAGAACAAAAGCUCUUCGGCGACUCGAAGUUCUCCGACAUGACCAUCGAAUGCGAGGGAAGAAAAUGGGCGGUCCACCAAGCGAUCAUCUGCACGCAGAACGAGUACUUCAUGAAAGCUUGCAGUGGACAAUUCAAGGAGGCGCGCAAAAAGGUCAUUGUGCUACAAGAAGACUUCCCAGAUGCUAUCAACGCGAUGGUCAAAUUCUUCUACAAAGGCGACUACGAUGCGGACCUGAGCAAGAGCGCCAAUUCAAGCGCGUCGGACCUACACGUUGCGGUGUACAUCGCAGCCGACAAAUAUGGCGUCACUAAACUCGCAGAGUUAGCGACAAGAAAGCUCAAGAGCAGUAUGAAGCCUGAUUCUGCCGACUUUGUGCGAGUUGCAAGAAAUCUAUGGUCGUCUGAAGAGAAGCCCGAGACGUUGAGAUCUGUCGUCUGCGAGGUCCUCGAUGAGAACAAGCAGUUGCUGCAGCGUGGUUCCUAA